AUGAAGAACUUACACAUAAGUCUCCCUUUCAUCGAGGUUGUUACCCAAAUGCCUUCCUACUCAAAAUUUCUCAAGGACUUCUUAACCAAUAAGAGGAAGUUCAAUGACAAGCUCAUUAUCCUCCGUCAUCAAGUUAGUGCACUCGUUCAACAUAAGAUGCUAAAGAAAGAGAAGGACCUGAGAAGCUUUACUUUACCGGUCAAGAUUGGUAAAAUGGAACCUAGGGGUGCCUUGGCGGAUUUAGGAGAGAAUGUUAGCUUAAUUUACCUCUCUAUUGCACAAAAGCUCAACAUUGAAAUGAUUCCCACAAGAAAAACAAUUCAACUAGCUGACCGCUCGGUCAAACUUUCAUGUGGUGAGCUUGAAGAUGUUCCUAUUAAAGUUGGGUAUAUCUAUGUGCCAUGUGAUUUUGUAGUGAUCUAUAUGGAGGAAGAUGUUGAUACUCCAUUGAUCUUGGGUCAUGAAGCUCUCAAAACCUUGGGGCGGUCAUCAAUUUCAAGAACAACACCAUUACAUGUGAGGUGGCCGAUGAGAAGAUUGUCUUUGAGUUAUCCAAGUUACUUAAGACCCCCAUGGUUGAGAAAUGAUACCGAUUCGAUGUUGUUAAUGAGGAGUUAG